AUGGCCUUGGCACCCCAUACUUCACCUGCCGGUGACGAACCGGUCAAUUUGCUAGCGCUGGACGGUGGAGGCAUUCGCGGGGUGUCGGAGUUGCUAAUUCUUGACGAGAUCAUGCGUCGCGUUCAAUGUGAUUCAAACCUUGCUGAAAUGCCACUACCGUGUGACUACUUCGACCUCAUCGGGGGAACGAGUACGGGAGGCCUCAUCGCGCUUAUGCUCGGCCGAUUACGGAUGACAACGGACGAAGCGCUUCGAACCUACAACUCCCUCGCACGUGCCAUAUUUUCAAAGGACAACAAAGAGCGGUUAGGCCAGGAUGGUGCUUUUAAAGCCACUACGCUUCAGAACAAGGUGCAAGAGGUGGUUUCAAAGAAGGGACUAGGAGAGCUUAUGCUGGAUCCAUCAAACGACUUGAGGAGGGGAAAGGCCUUUGUUUGUGCAGUACCUGCCAAUAGCAUGGCAUAUCCUCGACUUUUUAGGACCUAUCCAGUCAGAGCACUUGCAAGUGCAAACUGUAGGAUCUGGGAAGCAGCUCGUGCCACCACUGCGGCCCCUACAUUUUUCAAGCAUAUUGCCAUUGGCGGGAAGGUGUUAGAAGAGGCGCGAAACAUUUUUGGCAAUGACAGGUUAGUACGCUGUUUGAUUAGCAUCGGAACCGGCCAUCCAGGGACAAUCGGCUUAGCCAAGCCAGAUGCCUUCCAGAAAGUUCUGCCUACAAAACUAAUCAGCGAAACAGCGAACGGGUUGAGCGCAAGGUUCAAAGACCUUGAAAAGUUCUACUUCCGCUUUAACGUCGCUCAUGGCGCUGAGGGUAUCUCACUGGAAGAGUGGGAUAAAAUGGGAGAGCUGACAGAGCAUACCAAAGCUUACAUGGCAGAGGUGUCGGUAUCCAAGGCUAUAGAUGAGGUUGUGGAUAUGCUGUGCAACCCAAGAGAGGUUAGGGUAACGCUAGGGAGUGUUUGUCAGUUAGUGUAG